AUGUCUUCGUUAAAUAGCACUCUCUCCUCGAUCUCUCCUUCAACAGAAAUCGUUCGUUUUCAAUUUAUUCUACGACUAGUUGUGGCUGUAUUCGGUAUACCGAUUCUCCUCGUUGGUAUACUCGGUAAUACAAUCAAUAUUCUCACUUUUCUUAAACUAGGACACUACCGGCGGAACGUUUGUUCACUUUAUAUCCUUUCUCGUUCAGUUUUUGACUUAAUUCUUCUUAUCACUGGCUUGGGAACGCGUAUUCUUAGUCAAAGCUUCGAAAUCGAUUUUACGCUAACUUAUCGUCUCUGGUGUAAAUUACGUGUGCCCGUUAUUUAUAUAAAUACUCUCAGUUCAUAUACAUUUUUAUGCUUGCAAUCAAUCGAUGCCUUCUUCGUCACCUCAUUAUCCGUUUCUUACCGACAAAAGAGUAACAUACAGGCCGGUCGAUAUUUACUCGUCAGUUUCGUCGUUAUCUGGACAUUUGAAGAAUUGGUAUACGUCUUCUAUCAGGAUUUAAUCAUCAGUUCCGAUGGAAAUAGCCGUAUGUGCGUACCAAUUAACUCAACCUAUGCGAAAUAUCGAAUUUACGUCGUGUAUCUAUUUCUAACGACAAUUGUUCCGCUUGCUUUGAUCAUUCCCUUCGAUAUUCUCACAUAUCGACAUCUUCGAAUGCAUUCUCUGCAAAGACAACGCCGAUUACUUUCCGUUCUUGCACGACAAAUGACCAUGAUGACUCUAUUUCAUAUAAGCGCCGUGUUUCUAUUCCAAGCACCGUUUGCUGCAGCACAAUGCUAUUUUCUCACUUUCGGGCUCAACAAAGAGCCUGUUCGAAACGCACAAGAACAGAUUAUUCAGCAGUUUUUCAACAUACUUGGCUACGGAAUCUAUGCUACAUCGUUCUACUGCUACAUCUUCUCAUCGAAACGUUUUCGUGAACAAGUACGGAGUGUUUUUCCAUGCCAUCAACCCGCAGUCAAUCGAAUACAGCCGACUUAG